CCAACACGGAUAUCUUUUCUGCCAUCUGUUGUGUGAGCUCGACUACGUUUGCAUUGACCUCUUUAUCUUCGCAGCUGUUCACUUGAUCCUGCUUUGACGUUCAAGAUGGCGUACAAUCCCUACGGAGCAUCGCCAUACGGGCGCCCUCCAGGCUUUGGAGGUUUCCCAGGCCAGACUGGUACUCCACCUGGUAUGGGACCUCCACCGGGAAUGGGUCCCCCACCAGGCAUGUCUGCGCCAGGUACGGCUCCUCCUCCAGGCAUACAACAAGCCAACAAUGCACAGGCUAGUCGACCCAGUGGCUUGCCAGCCAGUUUUCAAGGCCCGGCCAAUAUGCCAAACAUCAACUUCUCCGCCCCCGUUAUUCGAUUAGGCACUGGUCCAUCGAAACCAAGCACACCUUUGACGGCUGGGCCAGGCAGGAGAGAGAGUCAAGAUCCGAUGUCUGCGGGUGGUAGAGCUGGUCUAGGAUCAUUGUCUGUUAUGGAUGCACAACGGCAGGCGCUGAGAGAGAGUAUGAUGUCCCUGGUCCCACCUACAAAAGAGGAAAUCGUCCGCACGAUAUUCGUUGGUGGCAUUACGGAGGGCGCUGGUGGAGAUACCGGUAUCGAGCGUAUACUCAGCUGCGCGGGGCGGUUACGAAGAUGGGAUAGAGCUAUUGAUGCAGAAGGCAAAGCAUGCAGCUUUGGGUUCGCGCAGUUCGAGGAUCCAGAGAGUUUGUCUACGGCCGUCGAGGUUUUGAAAGACAUCGAGAUUCCGACCAAAAAGCAGAAGCCGAGUGAUGGGGUCAAGAAGGAAGAAACUGAAGAUGGAGAGAUUGAGAAGAGCAAACUUCUGGUUUUCGUGGACGACAACUCACUCAAUUAUCUUGAGAAUUGGCAAUCGAAUCGAGCAGAUGAUUCUGCUGGCGAGCAGGCGAGAUUGGAUGCUGCGAAGAUGGGUCUGAAAGCUGCUAUCUACGAAUUAUUCCAUCCACCUAUGUUUGUCCAAGUCGAACAAGGAAGCGAGGACAUUACCAUGCAAGACGCCGGUCAAGGUGAUAACGUGGAAGUUGUCAACAUCCCGUUGGCGGUGGAUGAUGAGCUUGCAGACAUCCCAGCCGAAAUGCGAGAGACUGUUGCACAAGAAAUCGCCGCUUUCAGAGAUCGAAGCACAAGGAGAGAUAUGGAACGCCUGAAGCGUGAGGAAGAAAUGGAGGCUGCGGAACGACAGAGGAAUGGUGCUCCCAGACCGUCGAGACUGGACGCUCCAGCAACAUCGAUACCCAAUGGACCUGCAGCAGGCACGAACAAUAUCCCUCUCGGACCACGUGGCGUCCCUAAUGCACCUUCUGGACCAAAGAUGCAAGGUUCCCAGAUGCCUCGUGAUUAUCAGAAGAAUGUUGCAUUUGUUAAUGGCAGUGGUAUCAAUGGCAAUGCAAACGGUGACGUUUGGAUCGAUCGCGACGAGGAAAAUGACUCAGCUAGUGACGAGGAACUUGAGCGACGACGUACGGCAAACAAGGAAGCUGAGCAAGAAAAGCAAUAUCUUGAUCAGGAGCGUCGCUGGUUGAAUCGAGAACGGUCACGCACUGCGGCAGUAGAGCGCGAAAAGGAACGAGAAGAUGAAGACGAUUCGAAGGCGGGUGCUGCGAGAGAGAAGAUGGCUCAACGAUACCGUGAUUGGGACGAUGACCUCGAAGCCAGCAAGAAGGUCGAAGAAUACUACGCGGAUCGAAGCCAAUGGAUUCGAAAUCGUGCACUUUUCAGAGCUCGAGAAUCCGCUGCCGAUGAGCGUGACCGUCUUGCGGAACAGAAAGAAAAACAACGCGACAUGGCUGACAAGGAAUCUGCUCGAGGCAUGGCCGACUCGUUUCUUGAUCGUCAAGCAGAAGAACUUGAAGCAAGAAAUGCUCCUGGUCGUGCUCAACAGCCAUUCAAGCUCUCACUUGGUGCUGCCGCUCAGAAGAUCCAGAAGGAGAAGGCUGCUGCUCCCAGAAGAACCAUCGCAGACGUUGAAGGCUUGCUCGAUGACGAGGAAGAAGCUGAUAAGUCUACGAAGCGUACACUCAUUCCCAUCAAAUUUGAUCCUUCGACAGCAGGCUCUGCUUCCUUGACAGACGAAGAAAAGGACCAAGCUGUUAAGCAACUAGCUAGUGCGAUUCCCAACGACAAGGAAGGUUUGUGGGAAUGGGAUGUGAAGUGGGAAUUUAUGGACGAGGCCAUCAUUGUGGAUAGGCUGAGACCCUUUAUUGAGAAGAAGAUCGUCGAGUAUCUCGGUGUGCAGGAGCAGAUGCUGGUUGAGGUUGUUGAGGAGCACAUCAGAACUAGAGGCAAACCUCAGGAAUUGAUAGAGCAGUUGGAAGGAGCUUUGGAGGAAGAGGCUGAAGUGCUGGUCAGAAAGCUAUGGCGGAUGGUGAUUUUCUUUUCGGAAAGUGCGAAGAGAGACCUUCUCUAGAGGCCGGGCAAUUGAGAUAUCUUUGCAUGAGAGCAGGAAUGGUUCAUUUUCGAUGCGAAAAGAUGUCGAGCCGAUAACACAGGCGGGCUCGUAACAACAUGCCACGAGUGUGGAGGAAACAUGGAUUCACUAUCGCAAAAUAU